AUGAGGACAGACAUAUUGGAUGAACCAGAAAACAAUGACAUUAUCGUCCCGGUUGAUGAUAGACCAUAUGAUCCGGUUAAGAAUGUUAACAAAAAAAAGGAAAUAUGGAGGCUAGGUGUCAUUGUCGAUGACAUGUGGAUUGUAACAAAGGGAGAAACUAAAGUUAGCAUUGAGUUAUUGGUCAGGGAUAUCAAGGGAAACACUAUUCAAGUUUCAAUAUUGGAAAAUGAUAUUGACUUAUGGAAAACAAAGUUGGCCGAAGGAAACACCUAUUACAUGCGUAAUUUUCGCGUUCAUGACAAUGAUCAGGGUUUUAAAAUGACUACGCACAAAUUUCGGUUAACAUUUGUUGGAGCCACGAGAGUUGAUGAAGCUCACAUUCCUGGAAUUCCAAAAACCCUUUUCAACUUUAAGGAUUUUUCUGAGAUUCAGUCAGACAAAUUUGAACCAGAUCUUUUAGUUGAUGCAAUUGGAGUCAUCGAAUCUAGUAAGAAGUCUGUUACUGCAACAUCCACAAAAAAAGGGAAUGUGGUGUUCACCCUGAAGGAUUUAAGGGAUAAUGUUCUACAUUUCACUCUUUGGGAUGGUUUGUCUGUGGAAUUUAUUAACUUUUACAACCAACUAACUGAUAUGGGUCCUGCUGUGAUGAUUAUCAAACAUGCACGCGUGAAGGCACCACAAGGUAAUAAAUCCUCACAAUUGUAUGAUUGCUGA